UUAUUUAUUUACGUAGAUACUGUUGCUAAUUUCUUGCACAUGAAUUCAAAACCACUUUUUUAUAAAAUUACUAAUGCCUUGGAUGUUCUAUUGAUUAGAUAAGGAUCAUUUAUUUUUCCACACACAACUACGUGAAAAUCUAUGUUUACAUAAUAGUUCUUAUCUUAUCCGAAUAAGCAAUUAAUGCAAUCAUUACCAAUAGGGCCCUGCAACUCUAUUUCAAAAGUUCUACCGUUUGCUUAACCGAUGCAUUCAUGAAAAUACAGUAUUCGAAACAAAUAGAUAAUACUUUUUUGCUUCCUUCAUUAUAUUGUGUCAAAAUAUAGAUUAUUAUUAGCUACAACAUCCUUGUGAGUAUAUUUAUUGUAUUUAUGUACGUUAUCUGUUAGUGGUCUGUUUGAGAUUUGUAGGAGCUAAUGUACGCCCGAAAAACAGAAAGAAAAGUUGCAAUUAUUUUUUUAAUAAAUGAAAUAAAUAAUGUGUGAAGAAUCCGCAUGCUUAGUUCCACAACUGGAUCAAUCACCGAAUGGAGCCCCUGCACCCAGACUGUCAUCAGGCAGUGGGGGCGGGGUGUGUGCUGCUGGUGAAGCAUUGGUUGGAUUUCAUGAAGACGCAAUAUCCCAAGCCGCCGUUGGAAGAGCACAGUUUCUUCUAAGUGUGGUACUGGGUUUAGCAAUUGCGGCUGAUUGUUCGGAAUUAUCAAUUUUGGGGUUUAUUUUACCUGCAGCGGAACUUCAGUUGUGCGUAGACGAUCACCGAAAAGGAUGGCUAGUGUCCAUAACUUUGCUCGCUUUAGCAGCGGGCUCCUUAGCCUGGGGUAUUCUGGGGGAUCAUAUAGGUCGCAGGAGAUCCCUGGUUAGUGCUUUAUCAGUGACUGCGGUAUUUUCAGCCAUGGCCGUAGUUAUGCCAACCUACGGAACCUUCAUGACCGCUAGGUUUUGUUCCGGUUUGGGUGUUGCAGGCGCCAUACCAUUAUCUUUUAGUUAUUUAGCAGAAACGUGUCCCAGAGCCACCCGAACCCGAUAUAAUGGUCUUCUUCACGCUUUCUGGCCUCUGGGAGCCCUUUUGACUUCCACCAUGGCCCACCUGACACUACCCACUGAUGGCGCGGACGUGGUCGAAGACAAUCGGGAGCACUGGAGCUCUUGGCACAAGUUUCUCCUUCUCAACAUACUUCCCACGAUCACCUGCAUCGUGGGCUUGAUAUGGGCUUCAGAAUCUCCAAGGUAUCUUCUCGAAGCUUGCAGAGAAGUCGAAGCAUUGGCUGUGUAUCAAAGACUGCAUCGUUUAAACAAGGCAAGGACGCAAUAUGGAUUAACAGAAUUGGAGUUGCCCGGGAGGAGUGCUUACAGGGACAAGCCUGUCAGUAAUUCAAGGAACGUCCUCAAUCAGGGUUUAGAAUCACUAAAAGAUGCUUUCCGACGUUUGGCGUCGCCUUCUCAUUUCCGUACGACAAUUCUUCUGAUAGCGUUGCACUUCCUUUUGGGAUUUAUUUACACGGGCGUAUCUGUAUUUUCCUCGUCGUGGUUGAAGGAACUAAACGAAUCCAAAUACAACGCGAACAAACAUUAUUAUCACAAUAACAGUUUCAUUGGAUACAUAUUUAAUGCCACGCUGGAAAAUGUUCAGUACAAAUACAGCGUUUUCAAGAAUGUUACGUUUUCGCACCUCGACUUCAAUCACGUCGACUUUAUCAGCUGUAUCUUCGAAGAAACGGAAUUUUCGAAUGUCAAAACGUCCAUUACGUAUUUUCAAAAUUCGACUUUCAAGGAUUGCAGAUUUAUCGAUACAGAUCUAACGAAAGGACAGUUUAUCAACUGUAACAUGAUCAACAACACGUUCCUAUCGUUAAUAGCAGAUUGCAAAGUCGAUUUCGAUUACAACAUCUAUUUGGACGAUCUGUACCAUGAGACUAUGGCAUGGGCUGGUCCAAUGUUACCAGCACUUGUAAUAAUGGGGUUCGUUCUUGAGGUUUCCACGAGACCGCCGAUUCUGGUCGUCUUGCUGAUCCUCGUAAGUUUGAGUGGUAUUGGAAUCUUUUUUAUGGCCGAUUUCAUGUCUGUGGUUGCUGUUGAAUCCGUUGUCAAGGUUUUGUUAAUGUGCGCCGUGAAUGUUAUCACAAUGGUUGUUGUGGAGGGCUACCCUUGUUACCUGAGAUGUACUGCGCAUGGUAUAAUGCGCAGCAUAUUCCAUAUAGCGUCCUUAUGUGCCAUUCCCAUCUAUAACAUGUUAGUACACACGAUAUUGCUGUUCCCCGCUGUCAUAACAAUAGCGGUGGCAUUUUUCGCAGCAAUUUUGUCCAUUAAAGUUCAAGACAACAGCAAAGUGCUGUUGUAAUCGUCUUUUCCUAAAGCCUUUGUCAAUUGUCGCCAUUUACAAUCGUUGUAAAUGUUACCAUUUUAGUAUACCCAUAUACUACGAUAAAUAUUUUAUUGAAUUAACAAUCACUAGUCCCCUAAGGAAGAGCUUAUCAAGAAUAUCUUAAAGUAUUGAUACGAAAAUAACUAAACAUUUGACACGUAGCGAAAAUCGUGUAGGGUGCAAAAAUACCUACUACAAAUGUGAUCCAAAAUUAUCUAUAUGUAUCUUGUAAAUUAUUAUUAAUACUAUCCUUAAUACAAGAGUUUCAAAAAUGGUGAUUUUGUAUCUUAUCGCCUUCGUAUAUAAGAAUAUCAAUUUUUAAUUAUGCUACAAAAAAAAUUUUUUAAAGCAAAGAAGAAUAUUGUCUAAAAAUCAGAAUAUUUGUUAAAUAUUGUCUAAAAAUCAGAAUCUUUUAGUAACUCUUGUCCUUUGAAUAGUUAACUUUACAAAAGAAAUCACUAGAUGCUGUUAGCUAAAAUUUAAAAAAUUAGAAAAGAAAAAUAAAAAAAAAUUAAGUCAUACUGAUGGAAAUCUAUUGAAGCCUUCCAGAAUUACAUGUUCUGUUAAUUAUUUUUCUUUAUUAUAAUAUGUAUAAGUACUUAUUUUAAUUACGUAAUUUUAUUUAAUGCAUCUGUGAUACUUUUUUCGUUUUAUUGAGUUAACUUUCGAAUGCCCAUUAUUUGUAAUCGAUGUCAAUAAAUGGCAUAUCAAAUAUAUGUAGCAUCCAAUGAAGAAUGUAAAACAGAACACUCAGUAAGUAGUUUCCAAAACAGUCCACUUUCAUUCCCAAAAACUGCCUAUGUACUAAAUAUACCAAUCACCGAUUAGAAAUACUUAUCUAAUUAUUAUUUAUACCAAUCUUCUGUGUUAAUUAUGUUUUGUAUGAAAUAAAGUUUUAUUUGAAA